AUCUAGUCCUUGCAGUGAUGCCACACUACCUACUGUGGACGCAGACCAGCACAGAAGGAGCUGCUCGGCUACAGCUGGCACCAACAGAUCUGGCAAAAUCCCUGAACUAAGCAUGAGAUGCAGAUCUUGAGUUGCAGGCUCUCUUGAUUUGGCCACAGGGAGGAGUAAGACAGAGUGACAGCUCAGCAUAUUGCAUCACAUCGUUUGUAUCAGGUAUCAUCAAUGCCUUGAAGUGAUGUCAGCUCUAAAAGUAAUUUCUUACUGAAGACAUGAAUGCUACCAGUAGGUGUUUCUACACAGGAAUGGCUAGGUCAAGAACUAGACCUUGGGAGCCAUGGAUGAUUGCUUUGAUUGUGUUAGCGAUAUUGCUGAUCUUAGCCACUGCCAUUGGCUUGCUUGUGUACUUUUUGAUAUAUGAUCAGAAGUUAUUCUUUUACGAUGCUUCCUUUAGAAUCAAUAAUGUGAAAUAUCAGCCUAACUUUGAAAAACAGACUUCAGCAGAAUUUAGAGAACUGAGCAGAAGUAUUGAGAUUUUGAUUAAACAAGCAUUUCAAGCUAGUCCCUUAGAAAAAAGGCUCAUUAAUUCACGUGUUGUCAGGCUAAGCCCAGGGAAUGAAGGUGUCCUGGUAGAUGUGGUGCUGAUAUUUAAGUUCAUUGCCACAGAUAAUAAAGAGAUACUCUGGACAAAUAUUUAUCAUAUUUUGCUGAAAAAACUGAAAGCAUCAACAUGGCCCUUAAGUAUUGAUCUUUCUUCUUAUAAGCUCUCAGAGAUAAAUGAAGAAAAUGGUACAAAUCUUCUUAACAGUUUAGGUUGUGGGACACGACUGGACAGAUCUGUGGAGAGAAUCUAUGGAGGAACUAUUGCAGGGGAAGGGGAAUGGCCCUGGCAAGCUAGUCUCCAGCUGAAUGGCAUUCACCGUUGUGGAGCAACGCUGAUCAGCAAUAACUGGCUUGUGACUGCUGCUCAUUGUUUUAGAGGUGUCCGAGAUGUUAGAAGUUGGACAAGUAGUUUUGGGGCUCGUCUAAGACCUCCAACAAUGAGAAGGAAUCUUCGCCAGAUCAUCGUUCAUGAUCAUUAUGCCAAUAAUGUCAUGAAUCAUGAAUUUGAUAUUGCUGUUGUACAGAUUUCACCCCCAGUGGAAUUUACAACUGCUGUACAUCGUGUUUGUCUUCCAGAAACUUCAUAUAUUUUUCCAGAGAAUACAACUUGUGCUGUUACAGGAUUUGGUGCUCUUAGAGAUGACGGUCCCAGUGUUGGUGAACUUCGUCAAACAGAAGUGAAAAUUAUAGGUAAUGAAAUUUGCAACAGAAGAGAAGUGUAUAAUGGAGCCAUUUCACCUGGAAUGCUCUGUGCUGGAUACCUGGAAGGAGGAAGUGAUGCUUGUCAGGGUGACUCUGGUGGACCAUUGGUUACAUCUGAUUCAAGAGGAAUAUGGUAUCUUGUUGGCAUUGUAAGCUGGGGAGAUGAAUGUGCUAAGCCAAAUAAACCUGGAGUCUAUACACGAGUUACUUACUAUCGAGAUUGGAUUGCUUUCCAUACAGGAAUCUGAAAUAAUGACGAGUAACUUUAUAUUAAUGUAUGAAAUCCAAGCCCUAGAUUUCCUGCAUCCACCCUGAGAUGGAGCCACUCACUCCCCAAGCUAUUGCACCAGCAGAAAAGCAGACUGGCAAACUGGCAUGCUGGCAAGGAGAGGGCCAUCACAGAGGCCCAGAUGUCACUCUCUCUUGAGCACACUCACAUUUGCUACUCUUUUCUUCUCUCCUCCUCACUCCUUGCUCAGCUUGGAUUCUGCUCACCUCCUCACUUGCAUGCAUGUGCACAAUCCCGCCCCUCUGCUCGUUACGGUGACCCAACUUACGGUUGGAAGUUUGAAGGCUUUUGUUCACUUAAACGAUGAACUCCCAGGUGACAUCUCAUGGAAUCCUAGGGUUCCACAGAACCUCGGUUGAGAAACCUUGAUCUAGAUACAAGAGAUGUGCUUGUAUGCAAGAGAAUGAAACUUAAAUAACCGUCUAGGUCAGAGGUCCCCAACCUUUUUGGCACCAGGGACUGGUUAUGUGGAGAGAGGUUUUCUGCAGACCAGAGGGGGCGUGGUUUUGUGUUCUGCCUGCAUCUUGCGGAUGGGGCUUUGCUUGUUUGUGCGGGUCGGUUGCUGGCAUGCCACGGACCGGUACUAGUCCACGGACCGGAAUUUGGGGAUCCCUGAUGUAGGUGGUUAUUUAAACAGCAGUGGCUGUUUUCAAAAGUAUCUCUGGAAUCUUUAUCAGCCUAUAAAGUUAUUGUUAUAAAUAUUUUCUCAGCCUAUUGCAUAGAUGAAAUACAUCUUGAUUAACUAGAUUUAUAGUUACAAUGUACUGCUCACAUUCCACUAGACUAAAAUUUCAAAGACUUUCAUCCCUUAUUUGGCUAAAUCUAAUGAAAUCUAUGUAACAGGUUUAUUUGCUGAAUAGUGAUAAAUAAAGUAUAGUGGAAAUAUAAGUGCUGACAGUAAUACAUAUUUACAGACUUCUGGAUUAUACCAGAAAAGCUACCAUACCCUUUGCUCACAUUUAAAUGCUAUGAUUCAAUUGUGUAUAUUCAAACUGUUCAAACUACUAUGCCUACUGCAGGGAAAACAAACAAACCAUUGAACGGGGGAGUCCAGUACUCAGGAAUAAUAUCCUUUAGGGCAAGCUUAGAAAACAACAACAAUAAAUCCUUAUUUUUCUAAGCUAAAAUCAUUCAGGUUAAUAAUAUCUCUGUCCUGCCAAUAUUAAGCAGCUUAAAAGAAUUCCUUUCUAACAUGAAGGGACCAUAUCUAAGGAUAUGUAGAUAGGGAAGAAGACUUAUAUGAAUCUUCUUUAUUCUUAUAUUUAAAAUCCUCCAUCUUUACAUAGACCUUUUUUAUUCCAAGCAACCAAGGACUGUCAGAAAAUCAUUCAACAUCAACAGACUAUAAGACCCAGACCAAGUCCAACUCUUUCAAGAUGACCUGCCCCUUCUACUGAUGAAAUCAAGAAAGUGAUCUCACAGAGGAACUCAAAUAAAACAACAGAGCUGAGUGGCAUUCCUGCACUAGAUGCAAACACCUUGCAAGCAUUCCAAGAUGCUUUGGAAAACAUUUGGUCCAUGGAGGAGAUGUCUGAAGACCUCAGUGAUACCUUCAUUGUGUCUUCUAUAAAAACUAGGGAAGCAAAUUAGAUACUACAAAGAUAUCUUGUUGUUGUCCACUGCAGACAAAAUCUUUGCCCACAUUUUUCUGAACAGAAUAAUAAAACAUCUCUUUUUUUCAGCUAAAGUAGGCUGCUUUAAUAAAAAAAAAUUGAUAUUCCACUUUUGUAUUCACCUGAUAUUCAAGGCAGUUACCAAUUAAAAUAUAGAACAUAAAAUACAAUUUAUUUAUUUUUUAAAAUGAAAAUGAUUAACAACUAAAAGUCUGAGGUAGCUGGAAAUUCAUUUUUGUAUUAAAAAAAUGAAGAAACAUUGAAACAUAAUUCCUGAACUGAGAGAGAUAUCUUGCUCUGUAAUUCUAGGUGUAUUUAUUAUUUAUUGUGUAUUUAUGGUUGGCUCUUGUUGGCUGAACUUGAGAUUUUAGAGAACAAAGUGCAUAAAUUUAAUCAACUUGAAGGUAGUCCAACCUUGUAGGAGCAACAUUGCCUCCAGUACAUAUGAGCUUCCUAAUGCAAAAAGAUAGGAAAAUGAUAUGAGAGAGAGAG